AUGCCUCCGGAAGACGGGGCCUCCGCCCAGCCGCCGAGGAAAGUUCGUUCGGCUUGUCGUCGCUGUCGACAGAAACGAGUCAAGUGUGAUGGAACCAUUCCUGCCUGUGGGAAUUGUGCUCGUGCAAAAGUGCCGUGUGUGGAUGUGCAUGGUGGCAACAAUGAUUUGUCGAUUCCGCGGGACUUCGCGGUGCGAUGCUGUGCCCGCAUCAAAUGGCUAGAACAGCAGAUCUGUUCUUUGUAUCCCGAAUUUGAUCUAUCGCAGGGCCCUCGGGUCAAUGUCGAUUUCAUGGAGAGGCUGUCGUCACAGGGAAGUUCCCGUGUGGGCAGUGAUGUCUCUGACAUCCAGCUUCGCAGCUCCGUAGAUGUCCCAGUGGAAUCUGCAGAAGAAGAUACCAACAACAAGCGUCCACAUGCUGCGAUGGAAGAGGAGGUGGACCGGCCCAUUUCCGCCAAGGCGCGCUCGGUAGCGAUUGAUCUUGGAAUGCUAUCGCUGCAGUCCGACUCGCGUCAGAAGUAUUAUCUUGGGUCCUCGUCUGGAUUGUUCUUUACCAGACUUGUGGGCUUGGAUAGUGAACUGCUGUCGGCGAACCCAACGUCCCUUACUACGGUGCAAUCUCGCCGAAUAGCACCGUUGCACAUUUCAAAUGAAAUCUACCAGUCGCUUUACUCCAGGCUGAGCAAGGAACUGCCUUCACCCGAAGACGCACGCGUAUUACUAGAGAUCUAUUUCCAAUACAUCCACAUUGACCACCCAUUCCUACAUCCCGCGUCUCUAGUCCGCGCAUAUAAUGCACUGCGCUCAUGCAUUCAGCGUGGAUACCAUGGAUCGGUGGACCGGAAUGGCUGGAUUCACAAUGCCGAUCCGUUCCCAUAUAAUGGAAAGAUUGAUAUGCUUGCAGACAAGAAGUACACCCCAAUUUCGGUUUUUACCGCCGUGUUUCACGUAUUCAUGGCCAUGUCGUUGGCUGCAACGGUGUUGACACGGAAGAAAAAUUAUGAUUUCUCCCCAUCCAGAUUUCAUCGAAUGGCAAUGUCCACAGCUUCCGAAUGCUUCUCGAGUAUCUCAACACCGGCGCUGCAAGCAAUUCUGCUACUAGCCGUGCAGAGCACAAUAGAACCGGCUGGUAUUAGCGUUUGGACAUUAUCGCAUCUAGCCAUGUCGCAUUGUGUCGACUUGGGUCUUCAUCGAGAGCCGAGUGAUAACUCGAAGACGUCUUCAUGUGCCAACACUGUUCGGAGAUUUAUUUUCUACACUAUCUACUCUCUUGAUCGAUCUAUAUCAACCAUCCAAGGCCGUCCACUGGGAAUACGCGACGAGACUUUCGACGUUCGACCGCCAACGGCUGCAGAUAUCCCUGACAUGUUGACCGUGCCGGGAAAUGAGCUUGCCGUACGUUUGCCGUCUCCUCAGCAUCUUGCUCUGUCAAUCUGCCGAUUCACUUUGGACCAGCACAUUUCAGAAAUUAAAAUCCUUUUCUACCACCUCCCGACUCAAAGCCGAAGCUUCGUCUGGCCAACGGGCCUUAGCGACAUCCAAGCGCGGAUCAAGUCCGACCUCGACUGCUGGCUGGCAGAUGUCUCGGGGAUUCUUCCUACAGCAGAUAUGGAAGAGGAUGAAGUAUUGAAGCUCCACUACGAAAAGAUGCGCCACGAACAACUAUACCAUUCUACCGUUGCUUUGCUCUUCCAGCCAUCUCAGGUAUUCCCGUCGCCGACCCACGAUGCGCUCUCCCUCUGCUAUCACAGCUCCAGCAAGAGGCUGCAGAUCUACGACAUCCUCGGGAGUAGGGAAAUGCUGUAUUAUAGCUGGCGUAACAUUCAUGGGAUAUUCUCAUCCGGCGCAACCAUCGUCUACUGUGCGUGGGCAUCUCGCGGUCUCCAGGGCAUGGUCCCCUUCUCGAAAUUAAUGCGCGAUUUGCGAAUAUGUUCGAAUCAUCUCAGCAUCGGCAGCCAAUGGUGGCCUUCGGUGCGCGAUGGCAAAGAAAGCUUUGAGAAGAUGAUCGACGUGGUUACCAAACACUUAAACCACCUUCACGAGCCCUCAUUGCCGACUCGCCAGCGGCGGCGCGGUUCGAGGUCCCAACUGGAUCUCGGACAAAGUGGCGACAGCGAGGCUGGGAAGGCGGAUUCGAACAUCUCAGCCCCACUGUUCGAUGGUAACUUCGACUUUUCAUCAUUACCUUUUGACCCGAUUUUCGACGAACUGGAUGUCAUGCCCAUCGAGUCGGCGAUGGAAAGCUUCAUGGCAGAGUAUUUACACGAUGAUUGGGGCUGGGAUCCGUUUUCUGGACCGGGGCCAUCCGAUAGUCAUGCCGGCCCUUAG